AGUCCUACCAGCGCCACAAGUGCCACCAGCGCAACAAGCCCAACUAGUGCCACUAGCCCCACCAGUGCAACAUCCUACCAGCCCUACCAGCGCCAAUUAGUCCUACCAGUGCCACUUAGUGCCACAAGUCCAACCAGCGCUACCAGUGCCACGAGUGCAACUAGUGCCACCAGCGCCACCAGUCCUACCAGCGCCACAAGUGCCACCAGCGCAACAAGCCCAACUAGUGCCACUAGCCCCACCAGUUCGGAGUUCAGCAACAUCAGCUUCGUCUGCAACAUCACCAACAUCACCAACGUCUCCUACGUCUGCAACAUCACCAACGUCAUCUACAUCACCAACGUCAGCUACAUCAGCUACGACAACUGUACCUCCUUGUGUGACAUCGUGUGUAGGAAUCACGCCACAAGUCCAACCAGUGCCACAAGUCCAACCAGCGCCACAAGUCCAACCAGUGCCACAAGUCCAACCAGCGCCACAAGUCCAACCAGUGCCACAAGUCCGACUAGCGCCACAAGUCCAACCAGUGCCACAAGUCCGACUGGCACUACAGGUGACACAGGACGUACUAGCGCCACAAGUCGAAGUGCAGCAACAUCAUCCACGUCUGCAACAUCACCAACAUCACCAACGUCUGCAACAUCACCUACAUCACCAACGUCUCCUACGUCUGCAACAUCACCAACGUCAUCUACAUCACCAACGUCAGCAACAUCGGCGACGACAACUCUACCUCCUUGUGUGACAUCGUGUGUAGGAAUCAGUGAUGGAAACUACCAGUCAUGUUUGGGCUGCACCGUCUACGCCACGUGUAUCGGGGAGCGGAUCAUUGACAACAGACCCUGCCCAGGAGGUCUGGUGUGGGACGACACUGUCAAGAGCUGUACCUCCACAUCAUCCUCAUGCACAACGACAAGCACCAGCGCUACAAGUGCCACUAGUCCUACCAGCCCUACCAGCGCUACAAGUGCCACUAGUCCUACCAGCCCUACCAGCGCCACCAGUCCUACCAGUGCCACUAGUGCCACAAGUCCAACCAGCGCUAUCAGCGCCACGGGUGCAACUAGUGCCACCAGCGCCACCAGUCCUACCAGCGCUACCAGUGCCACGAGUGCAACCAGUGUAACCAGUGCCACGAGUGCAACCAGUGCAACCAGUGCCACAAGUCCUACGCCAUCUACAACUGUAUCCCCGAACUGUGUCGUGAACUGUGACGGUCAAACGGAUGGAAAUUUCCAGUCCUGCCAAUCCUGCAGUGUGUAUGCAACAUGUAUUCACGGUCACUUCACAGACAACCGUCCAUGUCCCCCAACUCUCGUCUGGGAUGACACACUCAAGAACUGCCUUCUGUUUUCAUCAACAUGUCCAUGA